AUGGGUUCAAAUCAGUCAAAUAUCGAUUCCUUUGACUUAUCAAAUAAAGUCGUUAUAAUUACUGGCUCUACAGAUGGAGUUGGUAAAAGUUUAGCUCGAAUAAUCUCAUCAUAUAAUCCAAAGCGCUUAGUACUUCCAGUUCGUAAUCGAAAAAAAGGCGAAAUUCUCCUGGAAUAUAUCAAAUCAUCUAAGGAUGGAAAUGUUGAAUGUGUCGAAUUAUGGGAUAUUGAUAUGGCAGACCUGCAUAGUGUAAAGAAUUUCGUCGAUAAAUUUAUUAAAGAGGUUGGAGAAUUACACUGUUUGUGGAAUAAUGCUGGUGUCUUUUGCCUAGGUGUGGUCAAAACAAAGGACAAUUUUGAACAACAAUUUCAAGUUAACCAUCUUUCUCACUUUCUCCUGACUUCACUUCUGAUCUCAACCAUAAAAGACACUGCAACACCGGAAUCUCCGUGUAAAAUAAUUCAUACAAGUUCAAAUUCUUCAAGAGUUGGUAAAAUUGAAUAUGAUAAUCUCAACGGUGAAAAAUCUUGUAGUUUUAUGAAAUUGUAUUCAAAUACAAAGUUAAUGAACGUUGUAUACAGUAACGAACUUAAUCGUCGCUUACAAGGUUCAAACGUUACGUCCACCGCAUGUCAUCCGGGAUUUAUAAAAUCAAACAUUGGUGGUGGGGGACUAUUUCAACGUUUUGUCUUCGCAUUCGCUAACUCACCUGAUACUGGUGCAAAAAAUGUAAUAUACCCCGCUUUAGACCCAAAAAUCGAUGAGGGUGGAAAAUAUUUUGAGGAUGCUAAAGAAUUCAAAUUAACAGGGCAAGCAUUAGACGAAGAAUUAGCUAAAAAAUUUUGGGAAAAAUGUGAAGAAUUGUUAAAUAAUUAUGAUGCUAAUCUAUUAAAGUAG